AUGACGGAGGUGUUGACAAGUUAUGAUGACAGAGAUGAAAUGGUGCGUGGCGCUUCGAUGGCAGCAGCAGCUCCAUGUUUCAACAAUGAUUUGAGGAGCUGUAACGGCUACGCCAACAUCAGCUCGCUGCGGCUGCGAUCGUGGAGGACGGUUCGAUGGAUGGAAUUUUCAUCGCCGAGAAGAUUUCGUGCCAAAGUGCUGAGUCCAACGCAGCUUCACGUAUCGUGGAAAGAGCCAAAAGGAGAGUUUGAAAGCUACAAAGUCGUUUACAUCACAGAACCAGGUGACAAACAGACCGAGCUACCGAUAUCGAAACAGGAAGCAAAGCUCAUCAUUGAGGACUUCGACCCGUCUAAAGAAUACAACUUUAAAAUCACUGCAGUCCACCGAGGACAGGAAAGCAAACCUCUCCGGGCCAAACAUGAAGUUCAAAGAUCAUCUGUGGAGAUGGCUCAGUCCCAGAGGAGACCAGACAGAGUCGCUGAGGAAAACAACGAGAUCUCAGAAGAUGAAGACGGGUUUAUGUGUAAGACUCCAGCCGUAGCAGACAUUGUGAUUCUGGUGGACGGCUCCUGGAGUAUCGGCCGCAUCAACUUCAGGCUGGUCCGGACGUUCCUGGAAAACCUGGUCAAGGCUUUCUCCGUGGAGUUUGACAAGACCAGGAUCGGCCUGGCUCAGUACAGCGGAGACCCAGAGUCGAGUGGCAAUCUUAACGCUCACACCACCAAAGGCUCCGUGAUCGAUGCUGUGAAGAACCUUCCGUAUAAAGGAGGAAACACACUGACAGGUCUGGCUCUGACUUUCAUCCUGGAGAACAGCUUUAAACCAGAGUCCGGAUCCAGACCCGGCGUUCCCAAAAUAGGAAUCCUCAUCACCGACGGGAAGUCUCAGGAUGAUGUCAUACCUCCAGCUCAGAGCCUGCGGGAAGCCGGGAUCGAGCUGUUUGCCAUCGGUGUUAAAAAUGCUGAUGAGAACGAGCUGAAGGCGAUCGCCUCCCCUCCCGAGGAAACUCACGUCUACAACGUUGCGGACUUCAGCGUGAUGAGCGACAUCGUUGAAGGUCUCACUAAGACGGUCUGCGAUCGAGUGGAUGAUCUGGACAGGCAGAUCAAAGGUGGAGGAGAACCUGCCCCCCCGCCCGCCUCUGUGGCUCCGCCCCGUGACCUGGUGACCUCUGACAUCACCGCUCGCAGUUUCCAGGUGACGUGGACUCACGCGUCGGGCGAGGUGGAGAAAUACAGAGUGGUUUAUUAUCCAGCCAGCGGAGGACAGCCGGAUGAAAAGGUGGUUCAGGGGACGGAGAACAGCGUGGAGCUGAACUAUCUGAACUCUCUGACGGAGUACCAGGUGGCCGUGUUCGCCGUCUAUCGCAGCUCCGCCAGCGAAGCCCUGAGAGGAAGCGCCACCACAUUGGCUCUGCCGAUGGUCAACGACCUCGAGCUGUUUGACAUCAGUCACAGCACCAUGAGGGUCCGCUGGAGGACCGCCGCCGGGGCUUCUGGGUACAUGAUCCUCUACGCUCCUCUGACGGAGGGAGACCUGGCCGACGAGAAGGAGGUGAAAGUCGGGGACUCAGUGAACGAGGUGGAGCUGGAGGGAUUAACGCCGGCCACAGAGUACACAGUGACCGUCUACGCCAUGUACGGUGAGGAGGCCAGCGACCCGAUGACCAGCCAGCAGACCACAUUACCGCUGACUCCAGCGAUCAACCUGCGUUUCUCAGACGUAGACCACAGCUCCUCCCGGCUCACCUGGGAAUCUCCUUCAAGUAAAGUCAUCAACUUCCGCGUCAUGUACGUCAAGACCAACGGAGUCCAGACCAAUGAGGUUGAUGUCGGCCGUGUGACGAACUGGCAGCUGAAGAACUUGACGUCUCUGACGGAGUACACGGUCGGAGUGUUUGCCGUCUACAAUGAGGGACAAGCCGAGCCUGUGACCGAAAGCUUCACCACACAAACCGUCCCGGACCCGUUGGACAUGAAGAGCAGUGACUUCUCCACCGACAGCUUCAGGGUGACAUGGCGACAUCCGGCCUCCGAUGUUCUGAUGUACCGACUCACCUGGACCCCGACCGAAGGAGGAGACAGCGAGGAGGUCUUUCCUCUUUCAGCUCCGAGGAACCUGCGUGUAUCAGAGGAAUGGUACAACCGCUUCAGGAUCAGCUACGCUCCUCCUCCUCCUACGAUGGGAUACAGAGUCGUCUACCAGCCGCUAUCAGGUCCUGGAUCAGCUCUUGAGACGUUUGUCGGCGAGGACGUGAACACCAUGCUGAUCGUCAAUCUGCUGAGUGGGACGGAGUACAGUGUGAAAGUCAUCGCCUCCUACACCACCGGCUCCAGCGAGGCUCUUUCAGGCAGAGCAAAGACCUUGUAUCUCGGGGUAACGAGCCUCAGCAUCUACCAGCUGAGGAUGAACAGUAUGUGCAGUCAGUGGCAGCAGCACCGACACGCCAGCGCCUACAGAGUGCUCAUCGAAUCACAGACCAACGGUCAGAAGCAGGAGACGAGGAUCAGCGGAGGAACCACCAGACACUGUUUCAACAACCUGAAGCCCAACACGCAGUAUAAGAUCAGUGUUUACGCCGAGCUGCAGGACGGCACCCAAGGACCUGCAGUCACUGCGUUUGAGAAAACACUACCAGUCCCGACCCCGCCGCCCACCAGAGCCCCGACCACCACCCCCCCACCCACAAUCCCUCCUGCUAAAGAAGUGUGUAAAGCAGCUAAAGCGGACCUCGUCUUCCUGGUUGAUGGAUCUUGGAGCAUCGGUGACGAUAACUUCCUGAAGAUCAUCCGCUUCCUGUACAGCACCACCGGAGCUCUGGACAUGAUCGGCCCCGAUGGCACACAGGUGGCCAUCGCUCAGUUCAGUGAUGACGCUCGCACUGAGUUCAAGCUGAACUCGUACAGCGAUAAGCAGCGACUGCUGGACGCCAUCAACAACAUCGCCUACAAGGGAGGAAACACCAAGACAGGUCGAGCCAUCCAGCACGUGAAGGAAAACAUCUUCACAGCGGAGGCAGGGAUGAGGAGAGGAAUCCCCAACGUCCUCGUGGUUCUCACUGACGGCCGAUCGCAGGACGACGUCAACAAGGUUUCCAAGGAGAUGCAGAUGGAAGGUUAUAUCGUGUUUGCUAUCGGCUUUGCCGACGCUGACUAUGGAGAGCUUGUGAGCAUCGCCAGUAAACCCAGCGACAGACACGUCUUCUUCGUAGACGACCUCGACGCUUUUAAGAAGAUCGAAGAGAAGCUGGUGACGUUUGUGUGUGAAGCUGCGACGGCCACUUGUCCAGCAGUGCCGAUGAGCGGCAGCUCAACGUCAGGUUUCCGUAUGAUGGAGCUGUUCGGGCUGGUGGAGAAUCGGUACAGUGCCGUCUCCGGCGUUUCCAUGGUACCCGGCACCUUUAACACCUUCCCCUGUUUCCACCUGCACAGUGACGCUCUGCUGGCACAGCCGACCAGGUUCAUGCAUCCUGAAGGACUCCCCUCAGACUACACCAUCACGCUGCUCUUCAGGCUGCUGCCCAACACGCCCGAGGAGCCUUUCGCCAUGUGGGAGAUCCUGAACCAGAACAACGAGCCGCUGGUGGGAGUCAUCCUGGACAACGGAGGAAAGACUCUGACGUUCUUCAACAACGACUACAAAGGAGAGUUUCAGACUGUCACCUUCGAGGGGCCGGAGAUCAAAAAACUCUUCUACGGCAGCUUUCAUAAGCUUCACAUCGCGAUCAGCAAGACGAGCGCCAAAGUUGUGAUCGACUGUAAGGCGGUGGCGGAGAAAGCCAUCAACGCAGCAGGAAACAUCACCACAGACGGACUGGAAGUUCUGGGAAGAAUGGUUCGAUCCAGAGGGAACCGGGACAACUCUGCACCGUUUCAGCUCCAGAUCUUCGACAUCGUCUGCAGCACAUCGUGGGCCAACAGAGACAAGUGCUGCGAGCUCCCCGGUCUGAGGAAAGAGGUCGACUGUCCAGCUCUGCCCAAAGCCUGCACCUGCACCCAGGAUAGCAAAGGCCCCCAAGGGCCCGCUGGACCACCGGGAGGCUCAGGGAUCAGAGGAGCCAGAGGAGACAGAGGAGAGCCGGGUCCAGUGGGUCCGACUGGUGCAGUUGGGGAUGUGGGUGUACCAGGACCUCAAGGACCACAAGGACCACAGGGACCCAGUGGACGCUCCAUCAUUGGACCUCCAGGUGGUCCAGGUGAGAGAGGACAGAAAGGUGAGGCUGGACAACAAGGAACACAGGGAAUUCCUGGUAGAGCCGGAGAACCAGGCAGACAGGGACCUGCAGGAUCCAGAGGAGCGGCAGGCAAAGAUGGACCUCCAGGCAGAGAGGGGCCCUCUGGGAUCAUCGGGACUCCAGGAGCUCCAGGGGCCCCAGGUAACACGGGCCCUGGAGGAAAACAGGGAGAGCUGGGACCACCGGGUUUGCCUGGAAGCAAGGGAGAUAAAGGUGAACGGGGCGACCUCCAGUCGACGUCCUCGGUUCAGGCCAUCGCCCGUCAGGUCUGUGAGCAGCUGAUUCAGAGUCACAUGGCUCGCUACAACUCCAUCCUGAACCACGUGCCCAGUCCGUCGGUGUCCAUCCGCACCGUGCCGGGGCCCCCCGGAGAGCCCGGCCGAAACGGAGGCCCGGGGCCGCAGGGAGAGCAAGGACCCCCAGGAAGACCCGGCUUCCCUGGACAGAACGGACAGAAUGGGCAACCGGGAGAAAGAGGUCAUUCAGGAGAGAAGGGUGAGAAAGGGUCUCCAGGUGUCGGAGUCCAAGGCCCCAGAGGACCUCAAGGAGCUCCAGGGGUGCAGGGCCAGGGCAGACCUGGUAGUCAGGGUUCGUCAGGGCGACCUGGUAAUCCUGGAGCCUCCGGUCGGCCAGGCGUCCCUGGACCGGUGGGACCUGCAGGGCCUCCUGGUUACUGCGACCAGAACUCCUGUGUGGGCUACAAUGUGGGAGAAGGCGGUGAUGUCACUGACGGCGGCGCUGUCCCCGCAGUCCAACUACCACCCAACGUCUACCAGAACUACGGCGAGGCGGAGGAGGACGACCCGUACCGAUACUACCAGCCCAACUACCCGGCGCCGAGGCCCGUGGAGGACGGUGACCCCGCGCUGGCCCCCGAAACCUACGAGCUGAGGUCCCCCGGCGUCCACCGCAGCUCCCGGAGUCUGGACGGCGAGGAGCAGCAGCAGGAGGCUUUCAGGGUUAAAAACAACCCCUGA